CGUGGCUCCGGAUGUGUGUGUUGGUGACACAUGACAAAAUGCGAUGAGACCCCUCCGACGGGGAGGAUCAGGCGAGCGGGAGCAGCAGCAGCAGCAGCAGCAGCAGCCCGGGCGCGCAGCCGGCGCCGCUUGACUUCAAGCCUUGCCCAUGCUCGCCCGCACCGCGGAUGUCUCCCGCUCCAUCGCUUCCCGCGGCGGGGACGACCGAGCUGGAGGCUGGAAGCGGAAAGCGCUCCGAGCAUCCCUGCCAAGAUGCCACUGACCUGUGCCUCCACCUCAUCUCUGAGCUGCCAUGGCCACGCUAGAGACGCUGCCAGUUCGUAGUGAUCCAACGUACCCCAGUCAGGAUAACUUCCAUACUUUUGCUCCCCGGCCUUCCCAACCCACCUCCCAGAGCACCAUGGGGAGUGUGGGAAGCGGAGUUGCCAAUGACCAGGAGUUCGCCAUGAAAAGCGUGGGGACCCGGACGCAGAGCAGCGGCCGGGAGACAGAGGGAUCUCGCAAUGUAUACUCCACACGGGAGAUCUCCAACCGCUACUCUGGUGAGGAGAAGACAUACAAGUCAGAAAAGGUCUCCAACUCCCUCUACAUCAACGGUGACCUGCGCAAGUGUGAGAAGGUGAAGAUGGACAUGUGUGGGAAUGUGACCACCAACAAUGAGAAAAACAUGCCACCUCCUCCCCAAUACCGAGAGCCCAGUAACCCACCAAAGAUAUUGCCAAUCUCUGGCAAACUAGACCAGAGCAAUGAGCCCUUAGUUAGACCCUCAGCCUUUAAACCAGUAGUUCCUAAAAACUUCCAUUCCAUGCAGAAUCUCUGCCCGCCGCAGAGCAACGGGGUGACAGAGAACAGAAAGAGCUUGAACCAUGCCAACAGCAAUAGCCCGUCCGCACCCAAAAGUGGACUCGACAAGACCAGCCUUAACAGGACUACAAACCAAGUGGGAGGCCUUUCAGAUUCAGGCCGUAACUCGUUAACAAGCCUGCCCACAUAUGGGACAGGCUAUAGCCAACAUGUGGGUCCAAUGAGCGCCUCAACAAGCCACAUCAACCGCAUCGGAACAACCUAUGUGGAUAAGAACAUCGUGGGAUAUAACGGGAUAUCUACCUCAGAUAGUGGCCGGUCUUCGAGCAAGAGCACUUCUUCGUUCAACAGACUGAACCAUCUCAACGAAACAAUGCCUUUCCACUCGCCUUCAACGGAUGACAUCAUCCAAGACCUGGAAGACCGGCUGUGGGAGAAGGAACAAGAGGUCCUCCAGAUGCGAAGGAACUUGGACAAAAGCGAGGCAGCCAUCUUCCAAGUGUUCGAGGAGAAGCAGAAGAUCUGGGAGCGGGAAAUGGAGGACCUGAGGCAAAACUAUGCCAACAAAUUGCAGCAGGUUUCCAAAAAGGCCCAACGGGCUCAGCAGGCCUUGCAGCUCCAAAUCUUCAAGCUCCAGCAAGAAAAAAAAAAACUCCAAGAUGAUAUGGGGCAACUCCUCCAGCAGCGAGAGGAACUGGAGAAGAAAUUUGUGGCUUUCAAGAAGGAGCAGGCUGAGUUUCUCCCAAAGAUUGAAGAGACUAAGUGGGAGGUUUGCCAGAAGGCGGGUGAAAUCUCUCUGCUGAAGCAGCAGCUGAAGGAUUCCCAAGCAGAUGUCUCCCAGAAGCUGAAUGAGAUUGUGGGGCUGCGGUCACAGCUCAAGGAAGGUAAGAACUUCCUGCGAGAGAAGGAAGAGCAAAUCCUCACCUUGAAGGACUCUUACAGUUCCAAGAGCGUCAACCUGGAGAUCUGCGAAAGUGAGCUACAGCGGAAGAUGAGCGAGGUCCAGGUGCUGAGAGAAAAACUGAACCACUGUGAGCUGGAGGUCUCUGGCCUGAAGCGGACACUUGCCAGCAUAGGAUCUUCAGGGCCUUUCAGCGGGGACCUGACCGAGAAACUGCGGGACCCUCUGGCUUGUGAGAGUGACGAAGCCAAGAUGCAGCGGCAGAGUGAGGACAGCGUUAACACACUGCGGAAGGAGGUGGAGCGGCUCCAGACAGAGCUGAAGCUGGAGCGGCAGCAGCGGGAACAGCAGGUGAUGGACUUUGAAGAAGAGCGGCGCACAUGGCAAGAAGAGAAGGAGAAAGUCAUCAAGUACCAGAAGCAGCUGCAGCUGAAUUACGUGGAGAUGUACCAGAAGAACCAGCUCCUGGAGCACAAGGUGAACGAGAUGAACACAAAGGCCACUAGUCCCCCACACACCGAGGAGAAAAAACCAUGGACUCCCUCCAGACUUGAGCGAAUAGAGUCCACCGAGAUCUGAGGUGGGACCAAGACAAUACAAGUAAUUUUUUUAUUGCUGUGCAUGUACUACCUACUCAAGCCAGUGAUCUUCCGAAGGAUAAUAUGCUACCAUAGGAGAGGUGUGAGUCUGCUCACACCAAGCUCCGUCACCCCUACUCUAUUCUUCUGUGCUCUGUAGGUAAAAUAACUGUGGAUGUGCGUUGUUUUUCUAUCAAUAAUGCAACAUCUCUUUUGUUUUUUUUUUCUAGUACAGCUGGUGAGAGUCAAUAGGCUCUUUUGUAAUCUGCCGUGACUGUUACUUCACUAGAGGCUGCCAUCCCCUCUCCCAACAAUUCAUCCCUCUUUGGUUGGUUGUUUUGGAGGGUUGUAUUUGGUUUCUUUGGUUUUCCAAGCAUUAUGUGCAGCAAAACAGUUCAAAGUGGCAGGUUUUUUCAGGGCAUUUUUAGCCACAUUGGCUAACGGAGCAAAGCUCUAGGGAUCAUGAGCAAAUUCACUGUUCUGCAUCAAGUAUCCUGUCUAGACAGUGGUCUUAGUGAAGUCAGUGGGAGGUUGGCCACUGAUUUCAGUGAAACCAGACAUAUCUCUACCAGAUGACUCCCUUUUGCCAGCCUAUGGCUACCAUGGUUGCAAGAGGUUAGGACAUCCUUGAGGAACAGGGUGAGCCUGUCCUGGUAACAUAAGUCAACUAGGAACAGUUGCCCAGCAGGAGCCUCUUUUGAGGCUCAGCAAAGCUUGAUAUAUGCUGCGUUUUCUUUUUGUUGUGGUUUCCUUCUUCAUUUCCACUCCCAUCCUUGGUUCUGACCAACCUGGGAGCAGAAAUGCCCUCCCUCCUCUGCCUUGAUCUCACUAUUCUUCCUAUAUAUUCAAGUUGGCUACAGGAAGAAGAAAGUCCUAGAAAUCCAAGCUAGUUUACCUUUUCAAGAGCCCUCUUGCUCUUGAGCAAGCCUGCAGAGUCAGUGGAAUCAAGGCUUGGGGAACCAUCCAGACCUGUGGGAUGUUUAUGCAACCUGAAGCUUCAGCAAUUUUACAGUUAGCGGGUAGGUGGCAAUUGUGCCAUCCCAUUUUCAAAAUAGUGAUGCUUCAGUGCAUUUUUCUCUGUCCAGGGUCUGCUUACAAAAAGGCAUCUGAGCCUCACUCAGGAGUUGCAGUGAGCACAUAUCAGCAUCUCAGCUAGAUAGCAAUGAGGCUGGCAGGCAAGUGCUGGCCUUCUGCACAGCUGUUCAGAAUAGGGCCCUUAGCAAUCUCAUGUGGUAUGAUAUAUUUCAGGGAAAGAGAAAAUGCAGGCACAGUUUAGGAAAAUAUUUAACUGCUAGCCCUGAGCAGUUGUAACAUGGGACAAUGCUUAAAAGUUGCAAGUGCUUGUGCUCCUGGCUGAAUAACCAAAACCUAUAUGCACAGUCACUGAGAAUGAUGCAUGUAUCAAAAAAACAGCCUGCAGCUUUAAAAGGUGGGUAAAGUGGACCUGGUUCUACCUUUCAUGGAUACCUCUUUAAAAUGAGCCGCAAUAAAAUGUGAAAAGUGCUGUAAAAUGCGACUUGCACUGUCUAAGCAGUAACCAAAGGAUCAGUGCAAACGAUCCCUAGGGAGCAUUUGCCCUAGGGAGCAGCUAGAAGAACAAAGCUAGAACUCACAUUCUUGGGUUGUCCAUGCGAGGUGACUCCAGGGGGAGUUUACCCAGAUCAUGAUUCAUCUGAGACUCAAGGAAGAACCUCAGGACUUUGAGUGGCAGAAAACCUUCCAAACAAAAGCCCUGAAGCUACUCACUUUCUGUUUCUAGCCUCCAGAGCUCCUUCCGCUCCAUGACUAGGUCUUUACCUUCAAGUUGGGAUCAAAGAUCAAAAGUCUGGAGCGUUGUGGUGAGCUCCAGACUGAGCAAAGAGGCUGAGGAGGAGAAAAGAGCCCUCAGUUUGUCCCAUCAACCUCCAGCCAAGGUCAACACACAGUAUUACUGGCCAGGACCUGCUGCGGGCACUGUUGGUGAAUAGCAGCGGUUCCUGGAGCUGCAGAAAAUUGAGAUGUUUGAUGAGAUCGGGGCAUUUCAAGACCUGAGUUGAAGGCACUUAGCUUUUACCACCACUUCUGGUUGUGUCUUUGGAGUUGGAAGAAUAAUGCAUACACCAGGGCAGCUAAGAAUUAAGGCACUCUCUGGCAACCAGUCACAAGAAGUGGGACUAUGUCAGGUCCAGUUCCUGAAGGGGGUGAAGACGGGUCCUACUACAAAUCCUGUAGCGCAUCAGCACUUGGAUGACUGAUGCCUGUGCACCCCACUCAGGAAGAAGCGCUGCUCUAUGCUGGUGCCACCCAGCAGCAGACUUUGACAGGCCAAGGGCAGAAGUGGGAAGGGCAAGCGGGUUCGCUGGUAUACCACUGCCACAUCCCGCCAGAGUCAAGGCAGGACCCCAGUCCCCAUCCUCUCUUUGUUCUGGCAUUUCAUGGGCUGCAGUCUGAGUCAGGCACCUCAGACACACAUGUGCACUGUGCACACUUACCCUUGGCAAAUCUUAGCUCUCCCUCCAUUUCACCACGGUGGAGUCAUACACCCCAGAGUGUCAGGCCUGGAAAUCCAGAGCGUUGCAUCAUCUUGGCUUUCUGUGCCUCUCUUUGCCCAAGAGAUAAACUUGCACUGUCUUCCCUCCCCAAGCAUUGUGAGGCAGCUGUGCUUGUGAAGGGCUUUACAGUCCUCGGGAAAAAUAACAAAGCAUAGAGAAAUUGCGAAGAGGCUCAGUCUCAGCUGCCUGUCAUGGGUGUUUCUGAGGCCACCACACAAAUAGCAAACAACCCACCAACAACAUGUGCCCUUGCCACAAGAUGGGUCCGAUGACCUGGUGGAUCUUUUCCAACUUUGCUCCUCCCAGCCUUUCUGACGUUACAAUUGAGUUUCCACUAAGCAUCGCAGGAACCAGGGUUUCAGCCAGUGAUUCCAGAACCUAGAGCGGCUGAGUUUUGAGGAUCUGCUGUUGAGGAAGUGUAUGCCGCAAUUCCCUGCUAUGUUAACAACCGAGAGCAAUGGACACCAGCAUCAGUCCAUGGGAUGCCUUCUCACCAGAGCUCCUUGCUAAUGCACUGGCACCCUUCUUCAAUUUGAUCUAGAGCUUUAAUCUAGAUCUGAGCAACUUCAAGUGUGCCUAUUCCCUAGACAAAAGAGAGCUCUGCAGAUACCUACUAAGAAGUUGUGCUGCUGAUGGUGCUUUUCUCCCUAUUAGGAUUCACCCCAAAACCCCCAAGCACUCGUCUGACCUGUAGAAACCUUACAGAUACAAAUAUAUGUAAGCUAUAUGUACUGGUCCACAUCAUGUCCACAUCAUGUCCUCUCCCAUAUGUUAGUGCUGCACAGCCACGUCCUGGCAACCGGUGUCUCUCAGAAGUGACUACAUUUUGCUCAGUAGGGAUGGAGUAAAACACUGGUGGGACACCUAGGUUCCUGCUAUUUGUGUCCAGAGUUGGCCCAGACUGGAGCUUACUUGGCUCUUUCCAGACUUUGGCACUAGCUGAUGUCAGCUUUUACCCACUGGCUGGAUAAGGUCUCCCGCGACAAGCUAGGUUUGCAGUGAGGCUUCGUGGUCUUUGCUUUGGAACAAGAUAACCAAGGGGUGACAGACUAGUGUUCUGAUGAAAUAUCCUAGGAAUGGCCAAGGAGAGUAAUUUCCCAUCUCUCUGAGGCUCAUGCAGAGCUGAUAAAAUAUUUAUGUCCAACAAAAUUCACUUUUAGAGUUUGGGUCUGACCAUAACCCAGUCCUGCCCUCCACCUUUGUUCAGCCAGCUCUGGAGCUGAUGGAGUUCAGUGUAAUUCUCUAAGCCGAGGCACUGCCCUCAAAAUCCUGCAGGUGAUCAAUGUUUCCACUGAAAAAGGCAGGUUAUCUGUAACUUGACAUAGGUCAAUGGCAAUGGCUGUGGUCAUGGGAGGCUCAGCCCAGUUGCCUGCACAUCAGGUCUAGAGCCAUUAGAGAUGCUCUGGGAUAUCUGACACACAGGGCUCGUCGAUCUGACCCAAGACCUAUGGGAAAGCAACCUCAGCAAUGCAAAGACAGGGUUACCUGGAGCAUCUCCAGUGGCACGUCACGCACGUGUGGGCAACUGAGUCAUGCUCCUGGCAUGUGCACCUGGCCAUUAUAUGAGCACAUACAGGACAUUUAUCAACUCAGCACAUUCCAUCCAGGAGGAUUUGGGCUAAGCAGGUUAUCCCGCUGCUGGAGAAGGUGUAAGCAGCCCUUCUCAUCACUUUGAGAUUACUUUGCUCCACCAUCAUUUUGAGGUUGAUUUUGCUCCUGUUGCUGUAAAAUGUGCACUCAGCUGGGCCAGUUUCCCUUCAAGCAGCUAGCACUCACCCAGGGCGUGAACAGCGCAGCCAUCGCACGUUGUUGUGCUUCACACAGUCCCACUUAGCUUCUGCCGCCGUCUCGCAGCAGCCGGCUGCACCAUUCCUGCUGUCACUGGCAUAAUGCCGGAUGGAGAUCACCUCCAGGUUUCCACACUCAUUAACCAAGAUAGGAAUCAAAUGGUUGCUCUUCUGCUGCUACGUUAUACAGAGACAAGUGUACUUGGAUGUAAAUAACAGCCCAGUUCUGUAUACACAACAAUUAAAUGAACAGACAAGAAAGCUCUGUCGCUUCUAUAUUGGUGAAUGGGAUUGACAAUAACAGCAGAUGCCAUGUUCGAUUACUGAGCACUAUGCAGAGGGUGCUCAGCACCCUCUGAGCUUUCGCUGGCCACAGCUGAAGGGUGCAGCACCUCCCAGGAGGGCAAUCUGCUUUGGAUUAUCUCUUGCAAAGCAGCCUGAUGUCACUUUGUCCUGCUUUGACACUUGCUAUCAUCCUGAGCCAGGCCUUCACAACUGUCCCCUCAAGGCUCAAGUCUCCUCCGCCCAGUCUUGGGAGCCUCAUAUCACUCCAAAGCUCCCUGCUGAAAGACUCUCUCCCAACAGUGUUCCCUUUGUGUCCUGCUGCCCACGAGCUCUGCCUGUGGAAAAAAAUAACCCACCCCACUGCUGCCCAUCAUAGUGGCACUUUAUAGCUUGCUCAGGACAGCGAGUUUGUGAGCAAUGUGACCAAAGAUCUCUGGAGGGCUGAGUCUGGUGUGGGCUGGGAGAGAGGAUAAGAGCUGGCAGGGGAUAGAGAGAGCUGCUUCCCUGGGUCCCACCUGGGAACAUCUGCAGGGCUGUGCAGGGUCUUCCUUGUGCUGAUUAGGACCGGACAGAAAGCAGGCUGUUUCCUCUUGGUUCCUAGAUGAGUCCAGUUGUCCCUGAUGAUCCAGACUGGUUAAUUACCUGCACGCUCUCUGGCAGUGCCAACCAGCUCCAAGUGUCACCCAGGGAAAGUAUGGACCAGGAGCUGUUCCCAGGAAGCACCAUGGAUACAACUCCUCAUUUUUCUCAAGGAGAAAAGAGUUUAUCCGGACAAAUGCCAAGCCAUUACAGUUGUCUUCAGGACCAUAAAGCAGGUCCUAUCCUCUCUAGUUUAGCAACAGAGACAUUGCCACAAUGUCUAGCCAAAGGCUUGUGCUGGGUCAGUGAGAGUUGAGCAGAAAAAUGUUUAUCCUAAGAGCCAGCGAUCCUGAUAACUGUCCCCUGCAAUACCCUCUCCCCAGCUUGCCCAGGGCACCCUCAGCACCCUCCUUCCCAGGGAACGAUCUUCUGAGGCAAAGACAGGAUGGUCAUUGCUUCUCUGGUCUGGGAUGCUGAAGGCAUCUCUGCCCAUCUUAGCUCCAUGAAGGCUCCUCAUCCUGGUCCCAGCCUUGGGCAUGGGCUGGCGUGAGAUCUGUCCCUGGUUCUUGGGGAAGGACACUUAGUGGUCUGGGCUACAGGCACAUAAUGCCCUUUUACUGUGCUUCUGCUCCAUGGCCAUGCCAAGCCUUCCUGGUUCAUUCCUGUCGAGACUCCAAAAGCCCAGUGACAUGCAGUGACAGCCCUCGCUUCUGUCACAGACGGCCUACAGGUCCAGCUUGCACCUACCCUAGCCCAAUCCCUUAGCCAAAUGCUUAAAGAGCGCUCUCCAGGGUUACUUUUUACCAAGUUCCUUUGCUGAAGAUACCGCUCAUCAUAUUGCAUGCAUCCUGCCUCUCCUCCACCCCAGCUCUCCAGAGUCUCCAGACUCAUUUAGAUCAUCACAGCCUCAGUUAUCCUAGGAGCAGCUGGAGCCUUUCCCAAUACUCUCCCAGAUACUUCCAUUAGCAAGCAGGAGCCGAAGCCCAAAGCCCCCAGUGACAGUGGCUUGUGCCAAUCUUGUCUUCAGGGGAGCUUUCUAGACUACUGAUCCGCACCUCUUCUCUCCGUCAGUCCCAUGUAAGCCAGAACAGCCCUGCUUUACCUUCCAGUAGCAAUCUUGCUUCUUAGUAGAAGACAUCCUCAUGGCUUGCAAUCACUUGAAGUCACUGUGUGGAUCUUCAAACCAUUACACUCACAUGCCCUGCCAGCUCUGAGGCCUCUGCAGUCCUCCCACUCUCUGCAAAUAAGAGUGUAAGGAGCAUCUGAAUACCCCAGGUCUGCAGGGGAACACAGCACCCAUGCUAGCCAGCCCCUAGUGUUACAAGGGACUGGGAACACAUCCAGCUCUUUGCAGGUGUUGGCUUCCCAAUAGGACUUUCUACGCUAGUGUGACUGUUGGCAAAACCAGAACUGAGCAGGACUUGUCUGCAGGAUAAGCCUCCUCCCUGAUUCUCCUAACGAAGGGGAUCAUGUCAGAUCUAGAGCAGCAGACAGCCUCUGACAGGAAGGGUUGUGUUUUUAAGGCUCUUUUACAGAUCUGUUUUCUCUCUGCUUUCUGUCACAAAGAAAGCAGAAAUCUUUCUCUAGAAAGAUUUAAAAGAGGCUGUUCUGACCUCUGAUACCUGCAGGCAAGAAUAUGUUCCCUUGAGGAUUUUCGUAGCUCCAGCCCUGGGUUCUUCUUUGGAAAGGCACACAAGGCCUGGCUCCAAAUAAGCACCAAUGGCUGGAGCUUGGCUAUCCCCACUCACCCUGAGAGCCCAGAGCUGCCCAUGUCUAGCACGUCAUCAGGCUAGAUCCCCAGGACAUGGGGUCCAUCUGCCUUUUCCAUCCAUCCCAUGACUGCUACUGGGUCACUGCAACAGGUCUUCUCCUUUAGCUCAUCGACUUGGGAACCACUGGGUCCCCAGGGGUAUCUGAGCUCACAGAGCCAUGAGUGGUGACUGCCAGAUACCAAUGGGAGACCAAGACUUCAGCACUGCUGUUGGGCCUGGGAGUCAGGCUGUCCUAGGAGCCUUUUUGGAGGAGAAGAUGCUCUUUCCCACAUUGGUGGUUUCUUUCCAGUGGCCAAAGGGAACAAAUGUGCAUGGGCAGAGCUCCACCACCAGCGCUAAAGUGCUCCACCGCCAGUGCAAAAAUGCUGCACAUCCGAUCAAUGUCUAUGCAGUCCUUUUCCACACGGUGGCAUCCCUGCAGAGCCCAGUCCAGAGCUGGGAUUCCUCCAAGGUGUCUUUGUUUGCACUCACUUGGACCUAGUAAACGCUGUGAGCUGAGAGGUGUCCGUCCGGACUCUCUCUUGGCCUUUGCCUUGCACUAGGCAAUAUGGUUGUGAGGGUUUCCUCAUCCUAAAUAAAUGCACAUUGCUUAGU